UCUUUUGUCCCGAAACAAAGUAGCCAGCACUCCAACAACCACCAGUCAUGGCUUCUUUUCACUUGCCUCAUCUUCUUCUGUUCCUCUGCAUCUGCCCAUUCACCUCCAAUGCCAAUCUCCAGAAGAUCAACAGCAUCCUCAAAUCUAGCCUGAUUCAAGAGCCCACCACAGCCAGUCACACACAUUUCAAUGACACCCCUCCAACUACUUUCUUUGAAGUGACCAAACCCAUUAGAGUUCCCAAGACCCAACCUUGCGAACAUCUGGUUCUGCAACAUGACUUUGGCUACACUUAUGGGAAACCCCCAGUUCUUGCGCAUUAUACCCCUCCCUCUAAUUGCCCAUCUCAACAUUUCUCCAAAAUUGUGCUUGAAUGGAAUGCUACUUGCAAAGGCAGGCAAUUUGAUCGGAUUUUUGGGGUUUGGCUUGGUGGGGUUGAGCUUCUCAGGAGUUGCACAGCCGAGCCUAUAGCGACCGGGAUUGUGUGGAGUGUGAAGAAGGACAUUACGAGGUAUUCUUCAUUGCUUGUUAAGGAUGAGAUUCAAACUCUAGCCGUUUAUCUUGGUAAUCUUGUUGAUAGUACUUAUACUGGAAUAUACCAUGUGAAUAUAACUGUUUACUUCUAUCCUUCCGAAGAGAAAUCGAAUAGUUAUCCUUUGUAUAAUGUGGGUAAUUCUGAAAUUGGGGAUGGUUAUGAUUCUAAGGCUGAUUUGAUCAUACCCAUUUCGCGGAAUCUGCCUCUGAAUGAUGGAUUGUGGUUUGAAAUUAAGAAUGAGAAUGAUUCAAAGAUGAAAGAAUUCAAGAUUCCGCGAAAUGUAUAUAGGGCUGUGUUGGAGGUUUAUGUUUCUUUUCAUCAAAAUGACGAAUUUUGGUAUGGAAAUCUUCCUAAUGAAUACAUUGAUGCCAAUCAUCUGGAUGGUACUCCUGGAAAUGGACCUUUCAGGGAGGUGGUGGUGAAUUUAGAUGGUGAGGUGGUUGGUGCCAUUUGGCCUUUUACUGUCGUUUAUACUGGAGGAGUCAAUCCUCUCUUAUGGAGACCCAUAAGUGGUAUCGGUUCAUUUGAUCUCCCUUCCUACGAUAUCGAGAUUACACCAUUUUUAGGGACAAUGCUCGAUGAUAAGACACAUGAAAUCAGUUUUAGUGUUACAAAUGCUCUGAAUGUCUGGUACAUAGAUGCAAAUUUACACCUUUGGUUGGACCAUAAGAGCAUGAAAACUGAAGGGAAGACUUUGAGCCAUAAAAGCAUGCCCCCUGUUGUCUCUUUGGAGUCCGAUUUUCACGGUUUAGAUGGAACAUUCUUGACAAAUGUGAGCAGGUUCAUCUGUUCGAGUGGGUGGGUCAAGUCUUCCUAUGGAAACGUAACUACCCAUUUCAGUCAGAACUUUGAUUAUGUUAACUCAAUGGUGAUGGGCAAUGAUGGGAAUUUGCAGAUUAUAGAUCAGGUGAUUCAUUUUAAUGAUUGGGUCUACUCGAAGAUGCCGUAUUCAAAUGCUCACUCAAUGAAAUCGUUUAAGAAAUUUCAUCUGUACUUAAACACCAACUACUUGGAUCAAGGAAAUGAUACUUCAUUGUCUGUAUCAAACAUCACAUUGGGUUUCAAUGAGAAAAAGCAUGCGGGUGGUGCUCCUACAUCUGGAAUUAGUUCUCUCACGAACUUGCAGAAUGGCCAGGGAGUUAUGGUUGUGAAGAACAAUUUGGUAAUCAGUGGAAUUGGAAGGACACAACAAGCAUACAAAUUUGAUGAUGAUGAUUUCUGCUACUCUAGAAUUGUAAGCAGCUCAAACUACACCGUUCUUUACGAUAAAGUGGGUACCAUGUGCAAUAAAAGAAUGCAGUCUCGUUUGAAUUUUGGACUUAGCAGAUUGUAGCCUUUCCCACUCAAAAUGGCUUUUUGUGGCAUCUAAGUUACUCAGUAAAUGAGGAGUACAAUCAUUUGAUUCUGCCAUCCUUCAAUCGAUUCAUCAAGUGUUGUCCCUGUUUUAGAUAUUGCUGAGAAGUUCCAACCAUGGAUGCUACUAAUAAAAUUGUGAGUGUUCCAUAGUUUCAGUUUAUCAUGGAUGGCAAUGAAUGUGUCAAUAUUGUUCUUCGUCUCUUUUAAUUUUUUGUCUUCUCCUUUUGAAUAUUUUAAUUGGAAUGGAUUACUUUGAUAUUCCAAAAGAUCUAAUUAUGGUUUUUCGCUCA